GGAUCUUUUGCUGGAGGGACCGGAAAGGGGGCGGGUCCCUUCUGUCACGAUGUGGGGAGGCCGCAAGCUCAGCUCCUGCGGGAAUCGGCUCCUAGGAGUGCUUGGGCCGAGGUCCCGGGGCGCACGAGCUCAGGCUGCUCGCUUCACCGCUCGGGCAGAGAUUCAGUUCAAUUGGACUCCACAAACAAAACCAUGGGUUUUCAGUGAUUACAGAAUCAUGUGGUUCAAAUCCUAUAGAAUGACUUUGGCCUGCUUGAGUAGAAUGAAAAUUCACAGGUACCCUUGGACAAGACUAUACAGUACUUCUCAAACUACUGUAGACAGCAACGAGAUAAAAACAUUCCUGGCCCUGGCUCAUAGGUGGUGGGAUGAACAAGGAGUAUAUGCACCUCUUCAUUCUAUGAAUGACCUGAGGGUGCCAUUUAUUAGAGACAAUCUUUUAAAAACAGUUGCUCAUCACCAGCCAGGAAAACCUUUGUCUGGGAUGAAGAUACUUGACGUUGGCUGUGGUGGUGGAUUGUUAACUGAACCUCUAGGGCGGCUUGGAGCUUCAGUUAUUGGAAUCGAUCCUGUGGAUGAGAACAUUAAGACAGCACAGCACCAUAAAUCAUUUGAUCCAGUCCUAGAUAAGAGAAUAGAGUACAGAGCGUGUUCUCUGGAAGAGAUUGUGCAAGAGACAGCAGAAACAUUUGAUGCCGUUGUAGCUUCCGAAGUUGUAGAACAUGUGAUUGAUCUAGAAACAUUUAUACAGUGCUGCUGUGAAGUGUUAAAACCUGGUGGUUCUUUAUUCAUUACUACAAUCAACAAAACACAGCUGUCUUACGCCUUGGGAAUUGUUUUUGCAGAGCAAAUUGCAGGUAUUGUACCAAAAGGUACUCAUACAUGGGAGAAGUUUAUUUCACCUGAAAAGCUAGAGAGCAUUCUGGAAUCAAAUGGUCUAUCAGUUCAAACUGUGACAGGAAUGCUCUACAACCCCCUCUCAGGUUACUGGCAUUGGAGUGAAAAUACCAGCCUUAACUAUGCAGCUCACGCUGUGAAAUCCAAGGCACAGGAACACCCAGUACCUGCUGAGUUUGUUUUUAAGGGGGAAACAGAAGAGCUCAGAGACAAAGACUCCACCAACCCAGGUGUACAGGAAGAGUUGAAGAAAUGAAUUGUUUCCAAGGACUGCAUAAUACUGCUUGUCUGAUGUUUACAUAUGUAAAAAAUAUACAAUUUAUCUUUUGCGAGUGGAGCGUGAAGAAAAGAAGUCCAACCAAAAGGGCUAAAACCUUGGGCAAAACUUUAUUUCGUUUAAUACCCACUUUCAAGGGAUUAUUCUAUGGAUAAAAAGUUUUGGCAAGGUAUUGUGUAAUCUAGGCAUCUAAAUUCCUCAGCCUUUGUUAUAUAAAUAGGGAAUGCAUAUUUGACUUCACUUUACAGAUUAUAUAUAUUCAUCCAGCAUGUACGCACAUACAUUUAUGCCGUAAUGUGUUUUAAUUUAAAGGAAUCUGCAUUAUCUAUGCUCUUUAUCGAGUUUUAGCCAAAGGCAGUUAUGCUUCUGGCUUAUGAAAACCAAAUAUAAUUUUAUGCCACUUAUAUUUGGGAAGAUAAAAUGUAUUUUUUCCUUUAAGUUUUAGUUUGUUGGAAAGCAAAUGGAUUGUUAAAUAUAUGCUGCAUUUGGAUUCAAACAUUAAAAUCAAGAAGUUCGGAUUAUGUUGGACAUAUUUCUAUACAGUUCCAUAAAUGUUUUAUUGUGACUUUUUUUUUUAAGUAGAGAGGACUUUUUAAAACUCAAUUAAAAAUUCAGUUAUGGGAAUUUU